AUGUUGGCGGUAAAAAAAACUUCCGUUCCUAUCUAUCUAAUAUAUUUAAACGAGACUACGAAGGGCAAUUUCGCCAUCAUCUACAAGGUUAUAAUAGGUACCGUCCCGUCAAGCGUGGCUAAUCAAGGCACCAAAAGGAAAAUGAGCAGCUCGGAGGAGGUAUCAUGGAUUUCAUGGUUCUGCGGGCUGCGAGGUAACGAGUUCUUUUGUGAGGUCGAUGAGGACUAUAUCAAUGAUAAAUUCAACUUGACGGGGCUCAACGAGCAAGUACCACAUUACAGACAGGCCCUGGAUAUGAUUCUAGAUUUAGAGCCUGAUGAUGACCUGGAUGACAACCCGAAUCAGUCAGACUUAGUGGAACAAGCAUCUGAAAUACUGUAUGGGUUGAUACAUGCUCGCUAUAUACUUACAAAUAGGGGGAUUGGACAAAUGCUAGAGAAAUUUCAAGCAGGAGACUUUGGUCACUGUCCAAGGGUCUACUGUGAAUGCCAACCAAUGCUUCCACUUGGACUCUCGGAUGUUCCUGGAGAGGCUAUGGUGAAGCUCUACUGUCCCCGUUGCAUGGAUGUGUACACGCCGAAGUCCUCGCGACACCACCACACUGAUGGCGCGUACUUUGGAACCGGCUUCCCACACAUGGUUUUCAUGGUGCACCCAGAGUACCGACCCAAGCGUCCUGCAUCACAGUUUGUACCUAGAUUGUAUGGAUUCAAGAUCCAUCCGCUCGCGUACCAGAUUCAACAGCAAGCUGCGGCUAACUUCAAGGCUCCGCUCCGGAAUCUCUCGUAUAACAAUGAGACGAAGACCUCAAGUAACAUUCCAAAA